AUGAAGAAGAGGGGGAAGAGCCCCCGCUUGUUCCUGGUCGCGGGAGACGAGGCAUCGCUGGCGGGGAAGGAUUUCCUGCUGAGCAAGGCGGCGGAAGACGUGGCGACGCCGGCGACGAAGAUUCCCCCACUGCGCGGGGCGGCGGAAGACAUGGCAACGAUGGCGACGAGGGAUCCCGUACUGCACGGGGCGGCGGAAGGCGUGGCAACGCCGGCGACGAAGAGUCCCCCACUGCGCGGGGCGGCGGAAGGCGCGGCGUCACCGACGACGAGGGAUCCCCCACUGCGCGGGGCGGCGGAAGGCGCGGCGACGCCGGCGACUAAGAUUCCCCCACUGCGCGGGGCGGCGGAAGGCGUGGCAACGCCGGCGACGAAGAGUCCCCCACUGCGCAGGGCGGCGGAAGGCGCGGCGUUACCGACGACGAGGGAUCCCCCACUGCGCGGGGCGGCGGAAGGCGCAGCGACGCCGGCGACGAAGAUUCCCCCACUGCGCGGGGCGGCGGAAGGCGUGGCAACGCCGGCGACGAAGAGUCCCCCACUGCGCAGGGCGGCGGAAGGCGCGGCGUUACCGACGACGAGGGAUCCCCCACUGCGCGGGGCGGCGGAAGGCGCGGCGUUACCGACGACGAGGGAUCCCCCAUUGCGCGGGGCGGCGGAAGGCGCGGCGACGCCAGCGACGAAGAUUCCCCCACUGUGCGAGGCGGUGGAAGACGCGGUGACGCCGGCCACAACGGGUCACCCACUGCGCGGGAAGAAGGGAAGCAGGGGAUCAACAAGAGGGAUGAGGAAGAGCGGAUCCGCCGUGGAAAAGCGCGAGAGGAAGGCGAAGAACACCGGGAAAGAGAGCUCUCACCUGCAGGACCGCGCGGAGGAGUACGGCGAGGGAGCGGCAGAGGAGAGGAGUGCCGAUCGAAGGCGCGCCAAGGAGGCGGGACAAGUCAAGGGGCACCGGUGGGUGUCUUCCACUCACCUGAACCAAGGCCAGGAGGACACCACGAGUGGGAAGAAAGGCGUGGCGGAGAAGGACGCUACAAAGACAAGGGAAGACGUUCACCGAACGGUUCAACAGCAAGGGAAGGAGGUCGGCUGCGAGAAGAGCGAGAGCGGCAUCAUCAGGGGCGGUCUCCUGCGCAGAGAGAGCGGCAAUGGGGCGAUCAAGAACGACGCAGGGGAGGUCAGGAAGGGUGGAGGAGGAGUCAGAGCCCGAGUGGAAUAA